AUGGAUGACGUUUCCGUCCCCAACCGACAGUCGCAGUCCAAACUGUUCUCACUUCCCUCCGAACUGCGCAAUCUAGUGUAUGGCUACUACCUUACAGCUCCGGGCGGGUAUCAUUACCGUUAUGAGACGAACAGACUGACCGAGAUGGACGGCACUCCCAUCGACCUUGAGUUCUUGUAUACCUGCAAAUUUGCUGCUGCAGAAAUGCACGGUCUCAUAUUCACCCUCAACACCGUCAAGUUCUCUACGUUUUACAACGAAGCUACAUCAGAUCAUGCAGGACAGUAUCACUACAUGCAGCUUAGGGAUGAAGGCAGCAGGUCACGCCUACUACGAGCGUUCCGUGGAUGCAUCGACCAAGACAGCUGCAACAAAUUGGAGGCAGACUUUCCACAAUUCCUACCCGUCAUCAGACAACUUCGCGGCAUGGGAGUGAUCAGUGUCGAUGGUCUUGCCGAUGACUCCUGGGGUGAAGCUCCGUCGCUCUAUCGCCGAUUCGUCAUACGGGCUUUAGAGGCCCUUCUUGAAGAUGCUGAUUGGAACAUGGAAGGCUCGAACCACAAAACCAUUGAGGUUGUCUCACUGCAACAUUCACCUUGGCUUAUACCGGACAGCAACGACAUAGCUGAUAUCAGGCGCAGUCUGCAGCAUAACUUACACCUUCUCCAAAGCCUGCAACGAACUAAAUACAGUUUCUCCGCGGCAUCGGCCGCAACCCGCUUCUUCUCGUCAAUGCCUGCAUCUAUACGAUGCCGCUUUCGUCGCGUGCUCUUGGAUGAGAACCACGUAGCUGCUGCUUGGCCCGAGUGCCAUGUCCAAGGCUUGCUUCCCUACUGUCAAGAGAAUGGAGCACUUCGAAUAGAACGACGGGUGGAUUUGUGGAGAAACGCGCUUCCUGCCGGUGCUUCCAGAAUGAACGGCUUUUAUUGUGGCCAAGGUCGUUUGCGUCCGCUGCGUGCUGAGUAUAUCACCAGAUCGUGCUUAGCACCAUGGAUCAUGGAGGCGCUUGCCCUUGACAAUCUAGGCAUGCCACCUCAAUGCUUCAAGUUGGUGUUCAACGGGCAGCCAAUACCUGAGAGAAGCGCCGAAGUGUUCAAGAUCGUGCAACGAGAUGCCGCAUGGCAGACGGUAUUCGAAGAGCAUCGCGCAGAUCAACACAACAAGAUGAGCUGGUUCGAAACGAGGCGCAACGCCAGCUAUCAGAUGAGAGGAUUUCCGGAAGCUCUCGCUGCGAUUGCUGACGACUCGUCCAUCGUGAGCUGUAACUUCAGUCUCACUAGUUUCGAUUACUCGUCUUCCAUAAGACAGGCUGCUCAGGGAUGGUCGAUGAAGGAAUGGGAGGAGCAAUGGAGUAAGCACGAACCUCGUACCUUUGAUGCCCAGGCGCCAUGA